GUUAGGAGAGAUACUUGAACGUAAUGAUAUCGUAUUUAAUGUGUAAAAAGUAAGUUCGUCUUGUUAUUUGAGUGGGGUGAACUGUCUUUAAUCAAUUUUCAAUAUUCUGGAAUAGUGGAAAGCCCGUUCCUAAAAUAUUUGUUUCUGAAUUGUUGUAUCGUGUUUGGAUGGUAAACCAGUCCUGAAGAUGCUUAAUGUGUGAUCACUGAUGUGCCAGUAAUUUUAGGAAAAGACAUUUAAUAUUGAACUCAUAGGCUUAUUUAGUAUUUCAACACUAUAUUUUGAUUUGUUUUGAUUAAUUUGAUCAAUCAUGGAAAGUGCAAAUCAAUGUCAAAUUUGUAAACAAGCUGAUUCAAAGUAUGUUUGUCCCAAAUGUAAUAUUCCAUACUGUUCCUUAAAAUGUUACCAGUCUGAGUUGCAUUCUCAGUGUUCUGAAACAUUUUACAAAGACUGUGUUGUGGAACAAAUUAGAAGUGAGGAUGUUGACCCUCAAACACAGUCCAAAAUGAUGGAAAUACUUCAACGAGUGCAAAACAUUGAUGAACAGUUUGACGAAGAAGUUCCUGAUUCAGAUGAUGAUGAUAGCGUUGAAGAUUUAGCAGGGAGGCUAGCAGGCGUGGACCUUGAUGAUCCUGAUUCAGUGUGGGAGAAAUUAACAUUAGCAGAAAAACAGCAGUUUGAAGAACUAUUGCGUUCAGGAGAUGUUUCCCAAAUUGUUCCUCAUUGGCAGCCUUGGUGGUUAUUCAAAGAGGAGAAGAAACUUGUAACUGACCUUGACACAGUCAAUCAAGCCCCUGAACUUCCUUCCAAUAUACCAAAACUAUUAGAGAAUAUCCAACCAUUAUCAAAAUUGUCCAAAGUCUCACCCUCACCCUGUGUGAGAUGGAAUGUUGUUAAUAUACUCGCAGCAUACAGUCUUACGGCUCGUAUAUUCAAUGGCGACUAUCUUGACUCCCCACAAGAAGCAGGAACCACUAUAGUUUCCCUUAGUAAAAACCUUUCAAGCAAUCAAGUAUUUGAAGAUCCAGAAAAUGCUGUGGCAGCCGUUCAUCUAGCUGCAGUUAGUAACAGCUGUGUUUUGACCAAUGUAGACGAAGGACAGUUGAAGGAGGAUGUUAGACAAAUUGUCGAAGGACCUUCAGAAUCCAAAAAGAGCUUGUAUGUUUUAGCAGCCCUAAGUGAAACACAUCAGCUGUUCUCUGCAUGCAAGAAAAAAGUUAAAGAAAGUAAAAACUCUCCGAGUUCAAGUGAUUUUUACAAACGAUUCCCUGAUGCUAGGAAUUCCACACAACAAAAAAUAUCAGUGAGUGAAAUCAAUAAACAUUUAAAGAAAAUAGACUUCUACCUUUCCUGGGCAGUGGAGUAUUAUUAAGUUAGGUUAGGUGAGUCCAAUAAAAUAGGUGCCAAAACUAUGCUCAUUGUACAGUAACUUAUAGGCCUAUAUAAGUAAAAAAGUAAAACACUAAUGGGCCUAUUAAAACUAAGCUAAAAAUUACAGCCUAGCUUAAAAUGUGAUAAAAGUUAGCUUUUGAAAAUCUUAAUAUAACUAUGUACAAUUAGCUUAGUUGGCUUUAAUAGGCUACCGGUACCUAAAAUGUUGUGAAUUCUCAAGUAUUUACAAAAACUCAACAAUGUACGACCAUGUUAAAAAUGAUCAAUUAGACCUAGUUGCUAUAUUUACCAAAUAACUAACGUGAGAUGACAUUUAGAUAUUGUUUUUAGGCCGAAUGUACAAAAACAUUUGAACUAAUUUAGUGUUUUUGGCCUCUGGGGACAAUGCCUCUAGUUGUUACCGUGCCACAGUGUAAUAGCUUCAUCCCUGUGUGGGAAAUUCACUAAUAUUCUUUUGAGUUUCUAAAAUUAUUGUUGUUUAGUUAGGUUACCGUACUGUAACUUAUCCAUCAUAGAUAAAUUACAUUUAAAGCGACCUACAAAAGUGUGUACAAAUCAGAGUUUUUCAUAACAAGUUACCACUUAUGUGUAUUCCAUUAGACGUUCAAAUUUGGUCGAAUAAUCCUUUUCUUUUUGUAGAUAUGGUUUAGUUAAAUUGUCAGUAUUUAGCAGGAAACCCACUAAAAAUCAUUUUUAAC